UUUAAUAUCCCAGCACUCGGGAGGCAGAGCCAGGCGGAUCUCUGUGAGUUCGAGGCCAGCCUGGUCUCCAAAGCGAGUUCCAGGAAAGGCGCAAAGCUACACAGAGAAACCCUGUCUCGAAAAACCAAAAAAAAAAAAAAAAAAUACUUAUGUACUCUGGGAGAAAAGCUAAUCGAAAUUUCAGAACUAACUUCUAGAAAGAGAAUUUAAGUGCAUGAGCUCCGUCUGGAGAUACCAGUAUUUAUUUAGUUGAGGGACCCAUUCAAUUGUCAUUUUUUUGAUUUUGUGUGUUUGUUUUUGAGACAGGGUCUCACCAUGUAGCUCUGGUUGUCCUGGAACUCACUAUGUAGACCAGGCUGGCCUUGAACUCAGAUCUUCCUGCCUCUGCCUCCCAAGUACGGGGGUUACCUGCUUCAAUUGUUCUUCUAAUUAAAUCCCACGGAAAGCUUCUAAAUUCCCCAGGGUAAGAUAAAAAAAAAAAAUGUGGUGAUAACACACAUGGCAUCUACCUGAAGGAUAUUUAUGGAUUUAAUUUUGGUAGGUGUGAAUAAUGUCAGUUCUGCCAUCUUCAAGAUUAAGGGGAUAGUAUGUAUGAGAAAGAAAAGAUUCAGGUGUUUGUAUUCUUGUAUUUGCUCCUUUUCUUUCCCUUACUCAAACAAACAGCAACUCUGCUUCCUUGCCUCAGGGCACUUUUGUGGCUGGGGAGAAAAAGGAGAAGUAGUUUUCAAAACUGUUUCCUUCCUAGCUUGAAAUGGCCACCCCCUAAUUUCUAUUUAAUAAGAGUUUAGGGCCAUUAAUCUGGUAGCAACUAGCAUAGGAGAUGACUAGAAACCUAUUGGCAAUACAUUGGCGUGCCAUUAGAUUUCAAUUAAAAUACCACUUUCUAAACCUGUCCACCUUGUCUUACACAAAAUGUUGAUCCACAGUACAACAACAAUGGGUUGUUAUUUUUAGUUAAGAUGCAGAAGAGAACACCAAGCAGAGGGGUUUUUAAUCUAAGCUGUCCUUGGUUGUUGUCAUGGUGGGGACAAGUUUUCAUGGAGAAUAAAAUUUCUCGUCUAGACCCAUUAAGAGAAGAGAGAAGCCUGUGGGUCUCUUGAACUGUAAGGAUUUGGUCCCUCAUACCUGGAGGGACCUCCUGACUGGGACAGUCUCAGAGCAAAUUGCUGAAAGAAGCUUCAGAGAGACAGGGAUGUAAAAGGUGGGGACGCCCAGACAUACCAGUGCUGCACAUAUAGAAAAAAUGCCGCAGUCUGGUGGAUCGGGGGUCAGCCCAUAGAUUCAUUGCAACUAACCUACUGUCAGUCGUUAAUUCUAGGUUCCUGGAUUCAUGAAUUCUAGUUGUGGAAUGAAUAAAAUAAACACAGCACUCUGCCAUCCAUAAGCUUACACUUGAGGAGUCCAAAGCAAUACCCAUUGCACUACAGAGCCUCCAAUCAAAAGCAAACAUUCUUUUCGUGUGUGUGUGUGUGUGUAUGUGUGUGUGUGUGUGUGUGUGUGUGUGUGUGUGUGUGUGUGAUGGAAAAUAAGCACAUUUUACAUUGAGUCACCCACACGAACACAGUUUUUGCUUUAUCUUGGCUGAGAAGCAAUUGAAAGCACAUAGGAGUAGCCUCUUCAGGAAGUCUUGAGGAAAGGUAAUGAUUCGUGAACUAAUCACUGGAGUAGAGAUUGGCUAAGCACAAACAUGAUAGAACAUGUGAGGGGAGAGGAGCAUGGCGUGACUUACAUGCGUAAAAGCAUGAAAAGAAUAGUCAGGGUUGGAAUGCACAGCAACGAGAAAAUUGUCACAGGAUCCAAAGCAGAGUAACCUGAUCACUAGAAGUCUUCUGUACAAAGUAGGUGACAUGUUUAUCAUGAUGCUGGGGAUGAUUCAGGACAUGUGUGUGCUGUGGGAUGGUCUGUAUGUUAAAUGUGUUGCUCUGAUUGAUUAAUAAAACACUGAUUGGCCAGUAGCCAGGCAAGAAGUAUAGGCAGGACAAAGAGAGAGGAGAAUUCUGGGAAGUAGAAGGCUGAGGCAGAGAGACACUGCCAGCCGCUGUGAUGAGAAGCAACAUGCUAAGACACUGGUAAGCCACGAGCUACGUGGCAACUUAUUGAUCAAUAGAAAUGGGUUGAUUCAAGAUAUAAGAACAGUUAGCAAGAAGCCUGCCACGGCCAUACAGUUUGUAAGCAAUGUAAGUCUCUGUGUGUUUACUUGGUUGGGUCUGAGCGGCUGUGGGACUGGUGGGUGAGAGAUUUGUCUUGACUGUGGGCCAGGCAGGAAAACUCUAGCUUCGUGUGUGUGUGUGUGUGGGGGGCAGCCCUGGAUAAAAUGUAAAAGCUUUAUUUAUGGAACACUUUCCUCCUUGGUAAGCAUUCAUACUGCCUCCCCUCCUUGCUAUUAUUGAAAUUAAUUCAUCACUGCCAUAAACUGAGAAUAUGAUACUUGAUUUGUUAAUAGGGCUGAAAGUAUGACCCAUCUCAUUUUAAGAGAAAAUCCUAAGACUAAAAAAGUCAUUAGUGCCGGGCGGUGGUGGCGCACGCCUUUAAUCCCAGCACUCGGGAGGCAGAGCCAGGCGGAUCUCUGUGAGUUCGAGGCCAGCCUGGUCUCCAAAGCGAGUACCAGGAAAGGCGCAAAGCUACACAGAGAAACCCUGUCUCGAAAAACCAAAAAAAAACAAAAACAAAAAAAAAAAGUCAUUAGUGCAGUGAUAUACCCUGGUGUUUGUAUACUUGGGUGGGUGUUGCCUUUUUCUGUUUGGAAGUCUGGCUUGGAUGGUAGCUGAAGAGCCAGUGGAAAGCUAGUGGAUGAUGAUGGUUGUGUGUCUCUCUCCUCCUCCCCCCUCCUCUUCCUUUUCUCUUUUCUCCAUUCUGAUAGAAUCUUGGAACAUUAGAAAUGUUCUCUUGGGUUGUCCCAUUUGUGUUACAGCCGAGUGCUUUGAGUGGACUGAAUGACCCAAAGAUUCUUGUAAACUUCCAAGGUAUGUUUAUUUCUACCAUGCCAAAUGAAUAAUUGAGGACUUGGAACACCCUGUUAAGGAAUGAUGGUGACUUAUGAUUAGAAAUUAUUCACAACUAUUUGAGGUCUCUAGGCUGGGAAAGGUGGUAAAGUGGACCUGAAAUUCUAGCGCUUGGGAGGCUGAGGCAGGAAGAUCAUGAAUUCAAGGGCGGCAUGGACUGUACAUAAGAAGGCACCACCUAUCUCAAAACCAGAGCAAAGAAACUAUGACUGUAGGCUGAAGGUGUAGCUUAGCAGUGUAGCACUUGCCUAGACUAGGUCAGGAUGGGGGCUCAAUUUCCAAUGCUACAUAAGUCAGAAGCAACAAGAAGAAAUCUAUUUAAAAGACCCGGGGAAAUAGAUAUAAAUUAACGUCUAAUAUACAUGUGUGAGUGAACACACACACACACACACACACACACACACACACACACACUUCAAUGCAUAGUAGACAUCUGUUUUUCAUUUCUUUACAUUUCACCUGUCUGGCAUCAUUUCUACUUCCUAUUAAUAGCAGGAUAUAUGUCUACUUGUACAGAAUCUGGUGAUAUUUCUUAAGGUGCUUUUGCCACCACGAACGUGAACCAAUUGGGGUUCUUGAUUGCAAAUAACAGACAUUGAUACUGCCCUCCUUUUCUGCUGCUGUGAGAGGCAUGACCACAGAGAUGAAGGUUUAAAACUAGACAAAAUUUAAACCCAGAGUUUCCCUGCGCCAAGAGUACGUGAUACAUCAGUGACAUUCUCUACUCAGCAUCAUAGGAGGCUGAGGUCAGGAUGCUGGCAGGUACAUUCUCUCUGAACCAGGCUCACUGGUUGUUGGUAUUCUGUUUCAUGUAGAACCAUGGUCCUAUUUUCUUGCUGGCUAUCAGUCGGCCACAAGCUGUUCCCGUGUCUUUGUUUUAUGGCCUCCUCCUUUAGGUAACUAACAACACGAUGUCUGCCCAUCCAGACCAGCAGGAAAAUCUCUGGAAAGGACCUAGUGUCUAUUUUAAGAGCUUUCCCUCAAAUUCAAGUCCAUUUGAGGCAGCCUCCCUUCUUUCCCCUUUAGUGAGUUAUUGUUAAAAUGUACACUGAAAUUUUAUCAGUUAAACUUAUUUUUUGGUGGUAGUAGAGGUGUAACUCAGAGCUUCUUGCAUUCCACACAAGCAUGAUAGCAUUGAGUUACAUCCUCAUCCUAGCCAUUUUGAGCCGCUUUUAAGUGUACAGUUCAGUGGCAGUAAGUGCAGUAAUGUUUGAUGCGUCCAUUGCCAGCGUCUGUUCACAGAAGUUGCUCACCUUGCAAGGCAGAAACUCAGUGUAUUGAACAGAAUUCUAUGCCCUGUUCCCUCCAAUCCCGAGCAACCAUGACUCUUGUUUCUGAGAGUUUCACUACUGAGUAAUUCAUAAAUAGAAUUACGUAGUAUCUAUACUUUUGUGAACAGUUUAUUGCCCCUAGCCUAAUGUCUACAAAUUGUAUCCAUAUUAUAGCACGUGCCAGAAUUUCCUCCUGCAUAUUAUGGAUAGGGAUGUAUCAUGUUUGACUUGUCAUUUAUUUAUUUAUUUAUUUAUUUAUUUAUUUAUUUAUUUAUUUAUUUAUUUAUUUAUUUAUUGGUUUUUCAAGACAGGGUUUCUCUGUGUAGUUUUGGUGCCUGUCCUGGAGCUCACUCUGUAGAGUUAGCAUUUUACCCAUUAAUAAUCACUAGGUUGCUUUUACAUUUAGGCCACUGUUAUAAAUAAUUAUGAGAAUCUGAUUGCACUUCUUUGGUAUAUACCCUCAAGAGUGGGAUUUCUGGAUCACAUGGCUGUUCUAGCUUUAAUUUGUAAAAGCCCACCAUACUAUUUUGUGCUCAAAACUAUUUUACACUCCAACCAUUCAAAAUAUUUUACUCUCCCCCACCUCAGGUUCUCAAGCUAGAACCCAGGGCUUCAUGCAUACUUGGCAAUUGCUCUACCACUGGGUACACCCUCUGCCCAAGAAACAUUUUUUUUAAUAACUAAGAAUCAGCAGGUUUGGAACAUUACUUGCAUGGGUUGAAAUUCUUUUGGUUUGUGUCAUAUAACCUUAUUAUGGAGCUGGAACCCUUUACAUUCACAGUCCCUCCUACCCUCAAGAGGAUUAUAUAUAGUGUAUACACCAGAGAUAAGAGUUUUAGGGACCGACCAACUUUGAAUUCUACUUACUGUACUUUUAUAGGCAAAAAUAUUUAUGUAAAGGAUAAUAACUGGCUUCGGAGUUAGUGUGAAGGCUGCUAAUUAGCCACCAUAAUCAGUAGGAAAAAAUGUGAGGAAGAUAAUAUCAAACAGAUCACCCUAUGCGAAAACUCUGUGGAAUGGCAUUGCUGGUAUCACUGUUGAUGUUGCCUAAGACAGUAAAAAACUAAAAAAACCCACUGUAACUAGCCCCCACAGAGCUCCUUCCUCCUAGCAUUCACCUUUAUAUAAAGCCUUCACCUUGUUUCUCUGUUGCUUUGUGUGACCAUCGGGUACAGCAACUAUAAUAAUCUGUUACUUCCAAGAUGAAAAAACAAAAAAACACUGUGACCUCAGUCUUGGAUCUCUAUCACUUGGGUGAAUCACUGUCCCUGGGAGUAUUCUGCAGGCCUGUCUGGAGACACUCAGGCAGCCUUACAGAGAAGCCCACACAGUGAGACACCAGAGCUUCCAUCUAAGUGUGUGAGCCUUCUGAAAAGCAGAUUAUCUAGCCCCAGUUAAGCCUUCGGGUAAAUGACUACAGCGCUGACUGCUGGUGAGCUACAAAGGUUUGUUUUUGUUUGUUUGUUUGUCUCUAGGAGUUUUAAACAAAGUUGAACACAAAUAGAGAAUUGUCAUAGGGGAACUCUGACCACCUGGUCCUUUGCAAACAGAUGGUUGCUCUCACUGUUGCAGAUGAAGCUUGCCGACCCCUCCAUUAUGGCUACCAAGAGCAAACAUGAGCUCUUCUGCAUUUUUACAACAUUUUCUCCAAUCCCAAGUCCUCAGCAUCAAUGUCCAGUUAAAGACCAAGUGAAGAAAGAACUCCUAGCCCAGUUGGGCAUCAAUAGUGGAUGCCAUUGCCCUUCCAAAAUCCCUGACAUUUUUUCUCCAAAAAGUUAGGUUAAAAAUAGGCGAACAAGCCGGGUGGUGGUGGCGCACGCCUUUAAUCCCAGCACUCGGGAGGCAGAGCCAGGCGGAUCUCUGUGAGUUCGAGGCCAGCCUGGUCUCCAAAGCGAGUUCCAGGAAAGGUGCAAAAAAAAAAAAAAAUGGGCGAACAACUCGCAUACCUCUAUCUAAAGCAAAUAGAUAGACUCUCUAUAGCAUUAGCAAAGUCAGUUUCUACUUUGGGGUCUGUACCACUUGAUUUUUUUUUUUUUUUUACCCUCCUUCAACCCACAUACGGAGUUUUGGGAGAUACCCAUUCUUCCAAUACAUCCAGUGCUGUGGAUAUCGCUCUGUAUAAAUAAAAUGCUGAUUGGCCAGUAGCCAGGCAGGAAGUAUAGGCCGGACAAGCAGAGAAGAGAAUUCUGGGAACAGGAAGGCUGAGUCAGAGAGAUGCCACCAGCCGCCGCCAUGAAAAGCAAGAUGUAAGGUACUGGUAAUCCACGAGCCACGUGGCAACUUAUAGAUGAAUAGAAAUGGGUUAAUUUAAGAUAUAAGAACAGUUAGCAAGAAGCCUGCCACGGUCAUACAGUUUGUAAGCAAUCUAAGUCUCUGUGUGUUUACUUGGUUGGGUCUGAGCAGAUGUGGGACUGGCUGUGAGAGAGAGAGAGAUUUGUCCUGACUGUGGGCCAGGCAGGACCAGGAAAACUCUAGCUACAAUUCAGUUUUGCUAAUAACCAGAGAUAGUUUCUGUGAUGGGAGCGAAAGAAAUCUAGUAAGUAACAAAUGUUCAAUGGUUUUCCCCUUAGCUUGGUCUGUAACCAAAUACUCCAAAUUUCUGCAUCAAAAGCCAUCUCUUUGUAUUUUUGUUAUUAAUGAAGGUAAGUUUAGGCUAUUAUUUAUUUAUUCAUUUAGCAAAAUACUAUUAAACAUUUUUCCAUAAGUCAAAUCUUAUGCUGGCUUUAAGAAUAAAUGGUAUUGUCUUUUCAAAAUGACUCAAAAUAUGAAAAUUCCCCUCAAAUGUUAGGUAAGAAACAAGAAACAACUCAAUCUAAAUCAAUAAUAUUAACGUGAAGUUUUAACAAUAUAAACACUCAUCUUGUGUAAUCACCAAUGUCUAGUGGACAGCUCAACUCCUGUGACCAAGCACAGCACCACUAAUAAUAGAGCAACCUUCAUUAAGUACUUUGGUGUUAUCUAGGUUACAUUUCUUUUUCUAAUAUGGAUAUCCUGAGCCCAAUAAAACUUUCACAUGAAAUAUAUCUUUCUAAGAAAUUUAAGAAUAGAAGAACAUAUUAGAUAUUACCAAAAGGAUUUAAUCAGACAUACUCAAACACACUCAAAAUGUAAAGUAUUCUAUUAGGACAGUUGGCCUGGUAUAUUAAUAAAAGACCAUGUAGUAAAAUUUUUUUAAAUGUUUAAAAAAUGAUUUGUUUCUUUUUAUUUCUGUGCAUGCAUGUCUGUGUGAAGGUAUCACAUAUCCUGGAGCUGGAAUUACAGACAAUGGUGAGCUUCCAUGUGGAUGCUGGGACUUGAACCGGGGUCCUCUGUAAGAGCAGCCAGUGCUCUUAGCUGCUGAGCCAUCUCUCCAGCCCCAAUUUUGUUGUUGUUUUGUCUAUUGCUUUUGGCUUUUGGUUUUUCAAGACAGAAAUUCUCUGUGCAGCCCUGGCUGUCCUGGAACUAGCUCUUUAGAUCAGGCUGGUCUCAAACUCACCGAGAUCCACCUGUCUCUGCCUCCCAAGUGUUGGGAUCAGAGGCAUGCACUAUCACUCAGGUGUUAAAUAAAGACAAGCCUGAGUAAUAUGAAGCAAAUCUGGCAAUGUUUGAACUUUUGAGUAAGUAGCAAAUAUUUGUAUCAAGCUUCCUUUUGGGCCCCAUAAACCACAAUAAUGUGGAACCCAUGGCUUCCAAAUCAUGCCACGGAGACUUACUAAUUAUGAAUGCUCGGCCUUAUCUUAUGCUUGUUCCACUAACUCUUAUAACUUAUUUUAACCUGUUUCUCUUCAUCUACAUUUUGCCUCAGAUAUUUUUUUUAACCUUUCUUUCAUUCUGUAUGUCCUACUCUGUGUCUUUCUAGCUGGAAGCUGCCCGCCUGGCCCUAGGCAUCUCCCUCUCUUUCUCCCUUGUUCUCUUCUCUCUUCUUUCUCGAGCCCAGAUUCCUCCUCCUACUCAUUCUCUCUGCCCACUCGCCCUGUCUAUCCCUCUCCUGCUAUUGGCUGUUCAGCUUUUUAUUAGACCAAUCAGGUGCCUUAGGCAGGCAAAGCAACACAUCUUUACAUUAUUAAACAAAUUCAGCAUAAACAAAUGUAACACAUCUUUGCCUACUUAAAGCAUCUGCAGCAUAAACAAAUGUAACACAUCUUUACAUAGUUAAAGUAAUAUUCCACAACAGAUAUUCCCAUAUUUACUAUUCUUUCAGAUUUUCUGUUUGAACUUCCCUGUCCCCAUGGCAAAGGAUAACCACAAGGCCUUAUACACACUUGGCAAAGUGCCCUACCUUGGAGCUAUGUACCUAGCCCCUGAAAAUUUGUUUUCCUUUUCCUUCUUUUUAUGUGUAUGUGUGUAUGGGGUGUGUGUGUAAGUGUGUUUGCAUAUGUGUAGUCACAUUUGCAUGUACAGGUGCUUGUAUAUAUGUAUGUCAUGUGGGUACUAUUUCCUUUUCUGUAGCCGUGGUAAAAUAUCAGACACAAAGCAAAUUAAGGGGCAGAAGUGGUGGCCCACACAUUUAAUCCCUGUUCUUGGGAGCCAGAGGGAAGCAGAUCUCUGAAUUCUGAAUUCAAGGUCAGUGUGGUCUGUAUAGCAAGUUCCAGACCAGCCAAAGCCACAUAGUGAUACCCUGUCUCAAACAAAACAAAACAAAACAAGACAAGACAAGACAAAACAAAUAAACAGACAGACAAGUUAAGGAUGAAAAGAUUUGUUUUGGUUUAUGUUUCCAGAUGGAUAGAGUCAUGGUUGAUCUUUUAGCUGACUUGAAGAGUCAACUUGACACAGCCCAGGUUAUUGGGGGGGGUACACCUAUCAGAUUAGCCUCUGGACAUGUCUAUGGAGCAUUUUCUUGAUUGCUGAUUGAUUUAGAAGGGCCCAAGGCACUGGGAGUAGUACCAUCCCUAGUCAGGUUGGCCUGGCCUAUAUACAAAAGGUAGGUGGAUGUGAGACUAGAAUCAAGCCAGUAAGCAGCAGUCAGUCCUCCAUUGUCUCUGCUUUAAGCUGCUUCCCUGGCUUCCCUUGAUAACGUAAGACGACACAAACCCCUUCUUCCUCGUGUUGCUUUCGCUCAUGGUGUUUAUCACAGCAACAGAAAAAUAAACUAGAACAGAGGAGAAGGAACCUUAAUAGCCUGGGAAAGUGUGGCAGCAGGAAACCUCUCUUUUCACAGGUUGGAGGUGUGGUCUUGCCCCCAGGGAAGGGUUUCUACUGUUCCAGUGCAGAGCCCGGAGGCUUCUUUUUAAUGAUACUAUCAUGAUUCACAGUUGAAGCCUCGUUUCCAGCAUGUGACUUGACUGCAAUCUUAGUCUUCGUGGUGCUCUUUUUCUCUUUUUUUCCUUCCAAACAUCACAGUGUUCAUUUCUUUCCUGCACUGUUACUCCAUUUCACUGUAGAUCUGCGUAAGUGUAAUCAGUAAUAACAGUCCCGUAGACUCCGUGUUAAUGCUAUCUAGAAAUUCAUUCCACCAAAGAAGUUAAAAGAAUCGCUUUUUAAUUCAGCUUCAAGUAAUUUCUCAGAAUGUGGACAGAGCACAGCCAGGUUCUUUGCGUAAAUAGCAUGGGUUACCCUUUUUUUCUGGUAGCAGCCUUGUUCCCCUCUGUAACGUCCUAAGCCAUGCAUCUAUUAUCCACAUUUUUCUCAACAUUUUUAUCUUCCAUGUUCUCACUAGAGUGGCCUAUUAAGCUCUGCUUCUAACAUUAACUACUUCUCUCUCCCAAGGUUCUGAAGUCCCCCCUUAAGCAGUCCGAAGGCAUAAAAGCCAUUGAUCAGGUUUUCACAGUGCACCCCACUCUUGAUACCAAUUUCUGUAUCCAUUACUUUCCUGUUGCUGUUAUAAAGUACCCCGACAAAAAUCAAGUCAGGAAAAAGAGAGUUUUAUUUUGAUUGAUAGUCCCAAAGAGAUAGAGCCCAUCAUGUCAGGGAAGGUAUAACUGCAGGAGCCCAAGGCUGGCAGAUCACAUUUUCAUCCACAUGUCACAAGCAGAGAGAAGGUACAGGAAGUGAAAUGGGACUAUAAAACCUCAAAGCCUGCCCCCAGGAUAUACCCCCACCACCAAAACACUGCUUCCUAAAAGUUCCAUAAUGUCCCCAAACAGCACCACAAGCUUGGGACCAAGUAUUCUGUAAGGAACACAUGUAAGGCCUAGGGUGAACAACCCUGGUCAGGAAUGAUAAGCAAUAGAAUGAUGUAAGUAAACCACAAAUGGAGUAGUGAUAAGCUAUAAGCUAUGUGUGGAAGUAGGGAUAAGACUAGAAACCUAGCCAGGAAAGAAUAUAAAAGAUGAAGCCUCAGACCCGACCAACAGAGCUCGUCAGGCCCUCGCGCGAGACGACUCUCCUCUGCCAGAGACGUGAGAUCCUGUCCCCAGUGCAGACGUGGCUGACCUGAGGAAGGCUGACCCAAGAUCCAGAGGAACAGACGUGGCGAGUCCGGACCUGUAUACCCGGAGAGGUACUCCUGCUUCCAUUUGGAAGACAGGAUGAAUAUUGCUUGUAAUCUUACUGUGUGAAUAAAUGAGUGUUAUACCAAGUCUGAAUCAAGAGUGAUUAUUCCUCCCCCGUAACUGGGGUAUGUGCUCGCUACAGUUGGCGUAGUCGGCAGGAUUUUGGGCUUAAAGCCUCCUUGACCACUGAGCACUGAGGAAUGUAAAAUAAGUAAUACAAAAGAAUUGGCUAUUACUCUGGUGGAGUAACAAAUUACAGGAAACCAAAUAAACUAGCAAGUGACCUCAAAGCCGCUCUGAGAAAUCAACUCCUCGAAGUCAACUCUGAGGACCUAAAGAAAAUCUGAAGGUCCAAGGAGGAAGAACUGGUAGGAGAGAGAGUAUCAGAAGCAGACGGGAAACACCACCCUCCCUAAGGGUGCGGAGUACCGAAAGAAUACCGGACACCUUGAUGCCAACCCAGACCCCUGGGGAAGAGCGGAAGGUGCUGGGAAAGAGCUAAAUGAGGCGCUGGCUGGCCAAAAGGAUAGAAAGGAUCGCGGAUUUGAAAUUUGAAAAAUUGAUAACUGAUUCUUUGAAUCAGUCUAAACGAAUUAGUGACUGGGAGUGGUACCGUAGGAAAAAAUUAAUUAAAUUUUUGUACGGCUUGGUAUACCACUUACAAUGAAUAGAUUAAUUAAGAAAUUUAAGAAGACUAACAUCUCCCCAGUGACAGGUAGAGAAUACCAAGAUGAGGUUGAAGAACAGUGGGGAAAAGUAGCCUCCAAGGUUAAAAAUAAGGCCGGCAUGAAAUCAGUAAAUGUAACUAACACAUUAACAAAUCCGGAUGUGGUAGAACAAGAAUUAGAGGGAUGUAGCAAGGCACAAACUACCGCACUGCUUAUGAAAACGGUGCAGGAUAUUGAUAAGGACAGAUUAAUGGGCAAAAGGCUAGCCUUAAACAUAGUGAGGAAGGAACAGGAGCGUAGCGCUACUCCUGGAUGGAAUGGAUGUAACACCGUACCAUCAUUUCCUGUCUCUACCCAAAGUAAGAGAACUCCUAUUAGAAGUACUAUAUCAGCUCUGAACCCCUUCAGCACUGGAGGAGGUAGUAAUCGUCCCAAAUUUGAAAUGGGAACGAAGUUUGAGGAAAUCAGGCCAUAUACUCCUCAGGAGAUCUCAGAAUUACGGAAAGAUUAUGCCCAAAAUGGACAGAAAGACGCAGAAUAUAUGUGCCGACUGUGGGAAAAGGGAGCUGACACAGUCAUGUUAACUGAUCUAGAAAUGAGAAAGAUCAGAAACAUAGUAGAGAACCCCUCAGUAUCAGAAGCUCUAGAGCAUGUAAUUGAGACAUCAAAAGGCGAUACACAUCCACUAUUAGAUUGGAUUACUGCAGCUUGGAGAUUUGCAUUUCCAACAUUAGACCUCACUCAAUUUGAAUCAGCAGCACAGUGGACAACAUAUGCACAAGCCAUAAAACAAUGUAGAAAAUUAGGCAUAUUGUAUUUCAUAUACAACCAGGUACCCACACCUCAAGCCGCACCUUUUACACCACAAUUUAAAAAGAUCAUUAUUAAAGGAGCUCCAGCACACCUUAAAAUGAGCCUAGCUGGACCCCUGCAGGCAUGUCAAACCAUCUCAGAUGCCAUGGAAUUCUUUAAAUCUUACAGGGAAAUGGACAUAGACAAGGUAGUAUCAUUCAAUGUUAAUAAGAAACAGGACAAGAAGAAAUUUACACCGCGGUUUUCGAACAUAAGACCAUUUGGGAAAGCUAAUCAAAUGCCCAUAAGACAGAAUGCAAAUAAACCAUGGAACCCAAUUAGAAGGUUGACAGGAAGGAAAAAUAUCCCAUGGAGAGAGACACAGAGCAACCCAUGGAGACAGACAUGCCAACCAAAACCUUUUUUAGGCAAUCGAAAUUUCAAACCAAAUUUCAGACCAAAAUUUUUCAAUCAGAACAAUCACAGGCCCCCAAGAGCAGGACCCCCCAGACGCUACAUACCAAGACGGACUUGAUCAACCCGGCUGGUAGACCAUUCGUAGCUAUACCUAUAAUAACUAACAAAGGGCCGAGAAUAGUAAAAUGGCUAAUAGAUACAGGUUCUGAAAUUAGUAUAAUAACGGAAUUUACAGAACAUUUUAAAACUGAUAAAAGGAUUAUAAUACAGGGAGUAGCAGCAGAAACAGAAGUACCAGUAAUAAAAUUAAGACUCAAAUUAUAUAAUAAGGAAUAUGAGAUUGAAGCAGCUAGCUUCAAUGCACCCUGUAAUAUCCUAGGCAUUAAAGAAAUAAGAAAAUUAUUCCCAGACUUUCUAAAUAAUAAGAGAAUAGCUAAGGUCAGAUGUAAUCUAGCAGAAGUAAAAAUACAACCUAUUAAAUUACCACACACACCCCCGACCUUCACGGCACAAUACCCUAUCAAAGGAGGUAUUAAGGAAAUAACAGAGACUAUACAAACUUUGCUAAAAGAAGGCAUUAUAGAGAAAUCUCAAUCAUUCAAUUAUAACAGCCCAGUAUGGCCGGUGCUGAAACCUAAUGGCAAAUGGAGAUUUACAGUUGACUUCAGGAGAAUAAAUGAAAAAACACCUAAACUUCCAGGACAACUUCCUGAUGUGGAAGACAUCUUUCUUAGAAUUAAAAAUUCAGCUCCAAAGGCAAUGGCAACUAUAGACUUAAGUGAUAUGUUCUUUGGAAUCCCAUUACACCCAACAUCUAGGGAACUUACUACAUUUACAUGGCAAGGACAGCAAUAUCAAUUCUUGAGACUCCCUCAAGGGUAUUUGAACAGUCCUAUUAUUGCACACAACACCUUAACAACUACAUUAAAGAGCUUUGAGCCAGAAUCAGACUGUAACAUAUACACCUAUGUAGAUGAUAUAAUGAUAGUAGGACAAGCCAUUGACAAAGUACAAAGUACAUUAGAGAAACUAAUUCAACAUUUAAGAAAUGAAGGGUGGACUAUAAACCUAGAAAAAGUAAAUAAAGCAGGAACAGAAGUAAAAUUCUUAGGGGUACAUUGGACUACAGAAGGACCAACAAUACCCGAAACAAUAAUAGAUAAAUUAAAACAAAUUAAGCGACCCCAGAAUAAAACUGAGGUACAACAUCUAAUUGGCCUAUUUGCAUAUUGGAGGCAACAUAUUCCAUACUUACAGAUCAUAUUACAGCCUUUAUAUAAAAUAACAAAGAAAGCACAGGAUUUUGAAUGGGACCAAAACUGCGAAAAUGCCGUUAAAUUGGUACUGGAAUAUAUAAACCAGUAUAGCCACCUAUAUUAUAUACAGCCCGGUGACCACGUAUUUGUGGACAUCUUGUAUAUGCAGGGUUAUGGUAAUUGGAAUAUAUUUUCAAAAAAUAAAGACAGGGAAACGCCAAUAGGCUUCUACUGCAAGAAAUUCCCAUGGUCAGAGAACAAAUAUUCGCUGUUCGAAAGAACCAUAUGGACAGCCUACGAGGCAUUCAGGACAAUCCACUCACUGCUCAAAGAGAACCAUGUGACUCUCCGAUCACAUAUACCCAUUUUGGACUGGGUAAAGGCACCAGGAGAGGCAUGGGCUGGACUACCCAUGGAAGGAAAGGUACUUCAAUGGAAAUGGUACCUUCAGGAGUUCCUUCGAUCAACACCUCUGUCAGCAAAGGGGUCGGUACCAGCGGUAUCGGAGUCGAUACUUCAGUCCGACAGGCCCAUGACUCCAGAGGGAUACAUUUUCCCAACCUCAACCCCUCCCCAGAAACAGGUACCAAUGGGCCAUUGGGGGACUAGAGAGUACGAUCCCUCUCUGGUUAAUGCCUGGUUCACCGAUGGAUCAGCAACCACGGUGAACAACAAAGUGAGAUGGAGAGCAGCCGCUUAUAGACCUGGGGAUGGAAUGGUCAUUACAGACCAGGGCACUGAUAAAUCAGCCCAACAUGCAGAAGUUAUAGCCGCACUAUUGGCGAUAAGACAAACUAUAAAGGACAAUUAUAAACAAAUUUAUUUAUACACCGAUUCAUGGUGUGUGGCAAAUGGCAUAGCAGUAUGGUCAGGUAAAUGGAGAAAUAAUGGAUGGAAAAUUAAUGGUAAAGACAUAUGGUCAAAGGCAGCAUGGCAGGAAUUGGAUGCAGCAAGCAGACUAAUCAAAAUCAUAGUAUACCAUGUAGAUGCACAUACCAAGAAACAGGAUGAGACAAGUAAAAACAAUGAAGUAGUAGACAAACUAGCUUCAGCGUUAAGUAUAAAGUUAAAAGGUACAUGGAAGGCAAACAUUAAUCCAGAAACAGGAAAAGGUAAAAUACAGAGAGAAUGGAUACAGGUAAGACCAUCAACUAAGGACAUACCUAUAAGUACAGAAGAGAUACUGAAAAUCCAUGAGCAGUUAGGACAUAUAGGUACACAUGCACUAAAAAGUUGGUUCGAUAAAAGAAAUCUUAAGAUGACAUGGCAGACAAUAAGGAAAGCAAUCAAUAGUUGCAACAAUUGCCCAAAGGCUAUUACAAGAUUAACACACAAUUACCAAGGGAUAAUAGGACACCGAAUGGAUUUUAAUAGAAUCCUACAAAUAGACUUCAUAGGACCGUUAAACAGCUUCAAGGGAAAAUAUUGCUGCACCCUAGUAGACAUAACAACAGGUCUCGGGAUGGCCCGAGAAAGCACACACCCAGACCAAAACACAACAAUACUUACAGUCUGGGGAUGGUGUGCAGCAUAUGGAAUACCUGAUAUAAUACAAUCAGACCAAGGAACUCAUUUCACAGGAGCCAAAACACAAAGAAUGGCUAGAAACUUAAACAUUCAAUGGGACUUCCAUAGAGCCUAUACACCGACAGCAGCUGGAGCAAUAGAAAGAUGGAACGGAAUGAUUAAAAAACAGCUAGAGAUGCAUAAGGGAAUACCACUGUCAUUAGCAAUAAAAAUAGCAACUUAUGAAUUGAAUACCAGACCCAGAAUAAAUAGGAAGUCACCAAUAGAAGAAGCUAUACAAAAACAACACACAAUAGAUUAUCCUACAGUUAUAGAUAGAGAAGUAAUAAGGAAUCCUAAUUGCCUUUACAGGAACCGGAAGAAUAACAAAUUAUCCCCAGCAGAAAUAAUAGCACCAGGAACAGGAAACAACGUGUGGAUAACUCAAGGUAAAAAGGACUUGAAAUUAGUCAGGCUGGAGGAUAUAGCAUAAAUGUGUGUCAGGGAGGUGAUAUUCAUAAGGGCAACCCUCCUGACGAUUUGGCUAAUAGCUAUUGCAGUAUACAUAGUACUGCCAAUCUUAGAAUUUGUUUUUCCCUUCUGUAACAUCAUUUACCAAAGAAGCUACUCAUACAACAUAGUCAACAAUACCAAUCCUGGAUACGCUUCUGCAGCAUCCAGAACAGCCAACUUCACGGUAUGCUGGAUACACUAUCUGCACAGGAGGCAAUAAGAAUAGCAAAGGUGAUGUGCACAUUGAAGGCAAGCAAGCUAUAUGCUAUUGGAGCCUUUGUGUGCUCAUUUUUCUGUCUCAGGUUAGCAGAUGUGAUGGCAAUAACAGCAUACCAAUGCCAGCCCUAUUGGACAGUACACCCACAACAAACAGACCCACCACCACACCACAUGUUAUACAAGUGGGCACUAGGAAACAGAAUACCGUUGCUACACCAACAAUUUAUGAUCUAGAAGGCAAAUUACCGCUAUAUUGGUCAGCAGAGAGAAGAUUUACACAUUACAUAGGAAAAACACACAGUUUUUGGCAAAAAUAUGCAGCAUGUUUAACAUAUGCCUGGUAUAAGGGUUGCGAUCAAUAUAGAAUGGCACUUAGCAUAUACCAUCCAAACAAAGAAUAUAUGUUAGAAUCAGGGGAUGAUGUUAACACCAACAUACAUGAGCAGAACCCGUUAAAAUGCCAUUACAAUGAAUUAUGGACCAACAUUACCAAUCACGCAGCCAUAUACAACAUGUAUUGGACAAAGAAUUCACAUAUCAGAACAAACACAUUAAGGGUAAACUCACACUAUAGGACCAAUACAAUGGGAAUAGAGACAGAACCAGAAUUUGACUGCGAACUAGGCAUGAAUAGCUCCUUUGUGAGACAAUAUUUCGCACCAGUAAUAGCACAACAAAUGGAGGAGAUAGGUAUGCUGUAUAAUAAGACAUCAGAAAGGUGGGAAGAACAAGUGUAUAAUUACAAUGAUGACUAUUAUGAUGGUGAUUACCCUGCUAGUACAACACCUAAAGUAAUUACAACACCUAUAAACCCAUGCAACCCUAUGAAUUGGACAGUAUGCAAUGAUGGUGAAAUGGUAAAACCAUGGCCAGUAGUAUCUGGAAUAAUACCAUUACCCAAACCCUGGGGAAAUAGAUGUCCCAAUAACUUAUGGAGAUACAUUCAAAAACAUAAGCUAGAUGUACCAGGACAAAAUAAUACUAACUGGUUAUGCGUAGCAGACUAUCCCAAUUUACCAUUCUAUGGUAACUUCUCUGUAUUAUAUAGCACAGAUAACCCAUCAGUAAAAGGAAAGGAAUGGAAAUGGGAUGACUGGACAAAAAUAUUGCAAUUAGGAGUAGAACAUUGGAGAUUCCCAAUCAUACUUACAGAUAUUAUACAACAACCUUGGGCUUCAAUGAGACACACAAUGAAACCUAAAUAUGAUUGCAACACAGACACCAUAACACACAUUUGCAUACUUACAGUAAAUUCCACAUUACACAGGGAAAAACACUCUUUUGCAUAUGCAUGUAUAAAUAUGUCCGAAGCAAAUACAAACAUUAGACAAAACAACAAUACAAAGACUAUAGUGGACCUACAUGUAGGACCUUUAUUUACUGGAAGAACAUCAAGGUCAGUACAAGAUUUAAUAGCAAUCACAGAUAUAAUAGGCCAGAAAAUACCAUGGCUAGGAAUUUUUGUGGACAGUACUGCAAAUAUAACAGCUACUAAACAGGUCCAGGCAAUAAUGAGAUUUAAUGACGACCAACAGUCAUAUCCAACAUAUUUUACGCAAGCAAGUAAUUUGGGAUUUUUUAACCUAACCUUAGCAAAAUCACUAACACAAGGUACCACAAGCUUGAGAAACAAAUUAUCAUGCUUUACCGAAACAAAUAAUACAGCGGUACGGACUAACUGUACCACAAAUAAAGCAACCACAAUAAUAAAUUUGAAUAUAUAUGGUAAAAUUACCAUAAUAAACAAACAUAUGUCACUAGUAAAAUUUGACAGCACACCAAUAUUAACCAUAGGCAUGAUACAUGAACCAAAACAUAAAAUACAUAACAUGCUAGGUGGCAGUAAGAUAUCAAUUUGCUGGUUUCACGAAUCUAAAGACUUACUGGACAUGCCCAUACCCUGGGAAGUCAGUGCCAAUGUUACUACAGAUGAAGUAGCAGCAAAAAAUAUUUUCAUAUUUAAUAGGGCAAUUGAACAAAAGGCAUACAAUUUCACAGGUAUAAGGGAGGUAGAAUAUAUCCCACCAUAUGUACAAAUGACAAAGGCUAUGAGAAUCAAUAAGGUUAUGGAUCCAGAUGACCUAAUGGUACAUUAUAAAAAUGGGAUAACUAGAUCAGGGAGUUUUUGGCAAACUUUGGAUUAUGAAAUGGAUAGAGUAAUUGAAUUACAGCACCAUAAUCUCCCAUAUUAUUUCUACAUGUUAAUGCCAAAUCCACAAUAUAAAGAAUGGAAUAAGGCUGAAUGGGUAGCACACAAACCUAGAGGAUCAAUGAAAUCACAUACACAAUAUUGGGAUAAAAUAUAUUAUCUCCCGAUAUCAAGAAAUAAGGAUUUUCUCAGCGAACAUUCCAACACACCAUUAAUUAUAUUUAGAGGAAAUAUGACCAGACCAAAUAAAGAAAAUAUUGGAUUAUAUACAGCUCAUUUUCCAAAAGGAUACCUAAUACCACCAGAAGGAACCCCAACAGUAGUCAAGGCACCAGCUAUUAUACCAGACCUAAAAAGUCCAGCUAAAUUAGUUUUAUACCCUAGGAUUAGAAAAAUUGAAAUUACAAUAGAUUUGACAGCACUGAAACCACCUAUAGAAUAUUGUAGUGAUGUGAAUUUUAGAUUUGAUUUAGACUACUCAUCACCAACAAGAGUAGGAAGAAAACCACUACAAGCAAUGGCAGUAGCAGCCUUUAUGGCAGGAGCAAUUUUAGGUGGAAUAAUGGGUGGAGGAGUAUCAGCAGCAAUGAUAGAACCAAUAAAGGCAGAAAUAUACCACAUACAAGAAGUAAAUAAGAAAACAGCAGAAGCUUUAGCAGCUAUAUCAAAUUCUAUAGAUGGCAUGCAUACACUAAUACAAACUAUGCAAGGCGAGAUAAAAAUGUCACAAGACCUUUAUAAGGAACAAUUCUCCUAUCAAGCAAAACUUAUUAAUACUAACCAUAACAUGAUGAUGUGUCAAAUGUAUCGAACUCAAGUCAGUAAUAUGAAUAAUGAAUUAAAUAGUUUAUUUAGCACAGGGUUAGGGAGAAGAACAAGAGAAUAUCAAAGUAUACUAAACCCUGAAUAUGAAAGCUCAUGCACAGAUGGAUUAUGCAAUAUACAUUUAGUACAGAUCUUCUUACAAAAUUCAUUUUCAGCAUAUCAUUCCAAGGCGAUACCACAGCUAUAUACUGAAAGAACAGGAGUAUCAGAAUGGAACCACCAAUACUUAGUACCCAUAGACCAUUACUUAUGGACCAAUAUGAAUGACACACCAGUGUACAUACCAUUAGAAGACUCCAUAUCAUUAGGAGCAAAUACAUACGUUUAUCCACAUUUACCAGAAAGCACACUUGAAACUAGUCAAUUGGCAGUAACUACUAUCACACAGUCACUAGAAGAUACGGGAGAUUACACUUUCUUGAUAUGUGCUAAAUAUUUACCUACUUUAGUUAGCUGCAUAAAUCUUAAUGAAACCACAAUGAAUGAUGAUAUCACAACAUUCAAUAUUACAGAAUCAGGAUGCUAUAUGGUACACAACUGUAGCAUCCUACAAAUGAAUUUCACUAAUUAUGAUGGUAAAAACAUAACCAAACAAAGAGUGACCACAUUAACACUAGAAGAAAAACAUUAUUUUGAUGGCUCACACUUAUUUAAUGACCCAACAGAAUUAGAACAUCACCAAACAUUUGUAAAACAAGCAAUGGAGUUACAGCACAUUGCAGAUUUCAAUCAGAAACAACUGGAAUCCAUACAUAACAAAAUUAAAGAACAAGAUGCAGCCAUACAUACAUCACAAGCACAAACGCACAAUCUAGUGAAUCUGUUAAGAACAAAUACAUACAUACAUAAAGACUGGGCAAAACAGAUGCAGAAAUGCAGCUUUUGGGAUUAUUUAGGCAGACUAGUCAGAUUAGAUCUAAUAUGUACACCAAUUUACACAUGGUGGCACUGGAUAAAGUUAGCAACCUUUUGGUUUUUAGUAAUUUUAGGGAUAAGUAUUGCUUUAUGUUUGUCUAAAAAAAUCAAAUGCUUGAUAAUAACUCCAUGCUUAAGAUGUCUUACAGGAAUCAAGUAACAGGAAACCCACUUUGGAAUCCGUCAGGCAGACGCUUCGAUUUACUUAGUAAAAAUGGAAUGAGUAAUUUACUAUAUACCACAUACCAAAAAUAUAUGGAACCAUUGUCUGAUAUUUUCUAUAGAAUAGGUAUAUUAUCUAUGGCAGGAACGAUACAGGGAUGCAAAUACUGCACCCAUAAAUAUGCAAUGUUCUACCUAUCAGAACCAGGUGAGGUAGACAACCUCCCAAUGCUCUUGAUGCACUUAACGUUCCACUUGACAAUAGAAGGAGGUAUACAUGAUAUGAGAUUAAUUGGAGAUGGAUACAUGAGAUAUUAUGGAACCAUACAAUCUAGUGUAUAUAAAGUGAAUGGAAUGUACAAAAUACACAGAAAUAACAUGGAUGCAGCCCUACAUAUAAGCGCAGCUUUAGCUGCAGCAUAUGUGGGCCGCGGUAAUCACAGAAUAUAUGAAACAUAUAGAACAUGGCUAAAACAUAAUCCUGAUGAAGCAAUAAUAAGCAUUGAUAAAGAUUUCCUGAAUGACCCACAGUGGGAAACAGGAGAACCAAUGUAUUUACAAAGCAUAUGUACUAGAAUAUUGUGUAGAGAUUUUGUUAUAGAUGUGUUAAAAGAAUUUGCAGCUUAUAGCACUUGGUUGAAGUUAUAUAAUGCAUAUAUAGAGAAAAAACAUAAAAAUAAACCACCCAGAAUGAGAAGGAUAAGAAUGCUAGGAUUAACAAAUUAGGAUAACAUAUUGUAAAUCUCCAGGCUGCGACCUCAUGUGAUGCCUUUUAUGUUGAAGACAUUUCAGGCAUCAGGGGAUGGAAUGUAAGGAACACAUGUAAGGCCUAGGGUGAACAACCCUGGUCAGGAAUGAUAAGCAAUAGAAUGAUGUAAGUAAACCACAAAUGGAGUAGUGAUAAGCUAUAAGCUAUGUGUGGAAGUAGGGAUAAGACUAGAAACCUAGCCAGGAAAGAAUAUAAAAGAUGAAGCCUCAGACCCGACCAACAGAGCUCGUCAGGCCCUCGCGCGAGACGACUCUCCUCUGCCAGAGACGUGAGAUCCUGUCCCCAGUGCAGACGUGGCUGACCUGAGGAAGGCUGACCCAAGAUCCAGAGGAACAGACGUGGCGAGUCCGGACCUGUAUACCCGGAGAGGUACUCCUGCUUCCAUUUGGAAGACAGGAUGAAUAUUGCUUGUAAUCUUACUGUGUGAAUAAAUGAGUGUUAUACCAA